AGCGUUCACACAGGUCGACUUUAACCCACACACCGCUGUUAGACCGACAGUCCACUCUGAACACACAGGCCUGAGAGGACUGCAGCGGGUCAGAGGAAUGACGUAGAUCACCGUGAAGUCCAGCACUUCAGUCUGUCCGGAGAGCAGCGCGUGGGCUAUCAUGGCUGGAGCAGUGUCGCAGGCCAGCCGCGAGGCCGUCCUGGCCUGGUUCUCUGAGUUUCAGCGGAACAGUGUGGUGAAGAACGGUAUCAUUCCUGAGUGGUUCCACGGCAUCAUUUCCAGGAAGGAGGCAGAGGAAAUGCUGAUGAUCAAGCCACCGGGCUACUUCCUGAUCCGAGUCAGUGAGAGCAGAAUAGGAUACACCCUGUCUUACAAAGCUGAGGACCGCUGCAGACACUUCAUGAUCGACAUGCUGCCAGGUAACCAGUAUGUGAUUGUAGGUGAGAAGACACAACAUCGUUCUCUCCACGACUUGGUGGCGCUCCACCGAAGAGUCCCCAUUCUGCCCUACAGCGAGGUGCUCACUGUAGCCUGCGGCCAGGCCUCCAAGGACAACACAGACUAUGCAGAGCUGUUAUUUCCCAAAAGGAACAUCUGUCCCCCAGGGACUGAUGUCCAGCCAAGCACGCCUCCACAGGCCGGCCCGAGGCCUCAGCCAAAUGUCCCCGAAGACCCACGUCCUGCCCUGCCAGCAUGUCCCCCAUUUCCAAACCAGAGCUUGAACACUGCUCCAGGACAUGCUCCAAGACUUUAUCCCUGCCUGGACGCUGAGCUUGCUGCUCUGAACCCACAGAAUACGGCCUCUCCUGCAAGACCUGUUCCAAAGCCCAGAACAAAGCUUCUGGACACACCUCCACCACCACCACCGCAGACUCCCCCCAGAAGCAGCUCGCCGCACAGUCUGACACAAAGCACAGCUGGAGCAGACAAAAAGAAAGGGUUACCAGCAGCGUACGUGGAAAGACCACUACCUUCACCACUGUCUGACGACAAAGACGGCAACCAGAAGAGUCAAGCAGAGGCAAAGUCUGGACGCAUAAGCCUGGCCCAGUGUAAGAAGAUAUUCCAGAAGAAGAAGCACCACUCUGAAGAGCAUACGUACACAGAAAUCAACCAAAAUGAAAUUGGAAAGGAGCCUGCAUUCACAGCGUCAAAGCACCAGGAGCUUGGUGGAGACAGCCAUGAACCAAAAGCUGAAAAUGAACCCGCUGUGGAGGCUGGGGUCAAUUCUGUGACUGCAGCUUGGGCUUUACCAGUAGAAUACCUCAACCCACCUCCUUUUGCUCCAGGGUACUAACUGAAAUAAGUCUGCGCUGAAUGUCAGUGAUGAAAGUAGUGAGGCUGUAUUGUAAGUGAAAUAUUUAGUUAUAUAUAAUAUAUAUAUAUGAUAUAAUGAAUAUUACACUUGCAAUACAGUGUGUGUGUGUGUGUGUAUAUAUAUCACUGUUGUUGGAACAAAAUCUCCUAUCUCCAAAAUCCUUCUUUGCUUUUUAUGUAAGUCAAUGGGACCAGACAUUUUCCUCCAUUCAGCAUGAAAUUUACAUACAAUGUAAAAGGCAACAGGCUUUUUCAAAUUAUGUCAGAAACUGAAAAAUGACAAAAAUGGAGAUACAAGGUUUUGUCCCAACAGCAGUGUAUUCUUUUGCAUGUCAAUCAGGCGGCCCCUUCCUGUCAAAGUAGGUGGUUCUUGGCCACUUGAGAUUCAGCCUGGGCUUGAAGUGAAGGCAGAUCUGAUGUGUGUGUGUGUGUGUGUGUGUGUGUGUGUAUAAAUAGGUUCCUCUGCAGAGAAUACACUUAAGGAGAACAAACUUAAAUAUGGCAUUUUUUGCUUUUAGUGCACAAUGUGUAUUUAUUUUCUGAGUUUCACAUUUUUGGAAAAAACCUAACCAUAAAAUGUGUCAUAAUUACACAUUUUUUUAACGCUAAAUUUCUGAAAAUAAACAGUAAUUGUGCAUUAAAAUUUGCAGAAGUGUGUUCCCUGUAGACGAUGUAUUCACUUAUUUUCGCUUAGAAAAUCAACAAAACAUGUACCUUAGCACAAUAUUUUCUGGUUAAAACAAAAAUUGGGAUUAUCGAUUGUAUCUCCUCACUGCCCCACCAAUUUCAGACUGCAGAAUGUGCACAGUGAGUUCCAUAGCCAUGUGCCUGUGCUUUCCAUAUUGCAAAAAAGGUGUUUUCCAUUAUUAUAGAAAAGGGGCUCUGGAAUUCAGCUGUUGAUGUCUGUAGGAAAACAUGAAGUGACUAUUUUUUAAUCUCCUCUGAACCUCUGAACCAUCAGGACACUAAACUGUAGGGAAAAUGCUUAGAGUUUUCCUCAGACGGGACUGUCGCAUCUCUGAGAAACCCUCAGCAGAGACAGUGGAAAUUUGACUGAUACUAGUUACUAUGCACAUUAUUUUAUUCUGUUUCUGUGUAUUCUGUGUUUAUUCUCCAUUGUGAGGCAAUGACUGCACUACAAAAUUUUUAUUUAUCCAUUCUGUCUAUAUAUGUUUAAACUCAAUGUUAUCACUUCAUGGAGGGAAUUAUCUAAAAGUUGUUAGACAGUAAUUUUGCCUAUGACAAGGAUUACAUUGAGGCCACAGCUGUGUAGAUCCACAUACAGUACUGUGACCAAAAAUAUUUACCAUGGACAAGAAAAACUGUGAACGUCCGAGGUCACUGUGAUAAUCUGUCUGACUGGAAUGCAGUGAAACCUGGCAGACAUGGACUUAACUGAUGACUCAGUGAUAAUUCACUGUGAUAAACUAUAGUAACCACAGACUUGCAUUUAUGUGCUGUAUGGCUCACUUAGUGGGUGAGAGGGAACCAAAUAAGCAAGCAGGUUCGAUAUAUAUAGUUUAUAUAUACACCAUCCAGUGUAUUAGAAAGACUCUUGUACUUCCACUCAUUGGUCACUUUCUGAGCUCCACCUACUUUGUAGGUCCACUAUAUAGAUGUACAGAUAUAGACUGUGGCCUUCCGUUGCUGCACAAAUCAGCCUUCCUCUACUUCAUUAAUCAGUGGUCGGUUUCUGAAUAUACGACCCGAUAUUAUUUGGUAGUGGACCAUUCUUGACCGAGCACCUUGCUGAAAAAACAGCCUGGCCUGCUCAAGCUGAUUAAACAGCACAGGGUAUAUUUUCAUUUGAAUUUGAUAGUUUAGCUAGCUGACCAAAAUGACCAGCUUGACCAAGUUGGUCGAUCAGCAUGACCAGUUUGACCAAGUGGGUCAACCAUCAUGACAGUAUGAACAAGCUGGUCGACCAGCUUGGUCAAGUUCGACAUGCUGGAUGACCAACUUGGUCAAGCUGGUCAUUCUGGUUGACCAGCGAAACCAUCAAACUCAAAUGAAAACAUAUCCUAUGCUGCCUUGCUCAUCCAGCUAAGUUGAUCUACCAGCUUAACCAGCAAGGGUAUGUUUUCAUCUACUCCAGCUGGAUGUCCAGCUUGUCAACCAACUAGACCAGCCUAGACUGUCUGAAAGCAGCUACUAGCAAAAGCUGGACUCUCAGCAGGGCAGUGACAUUGUAGUGGCGUGGUGUGACACUGGUACAAGUGUAUCAGGCACAGCGGUGUUGCUGAAGGUCCUGGAUUUCAAAUAAA